GCUUGUCCUCCAGGGGCGCUAUGUCUCCUCUCCCGUUACUAGAGGUCUCUGGAUGACGUCACAGGGCGGCGCCGUCCCACGUUCCCUAUCCGGGCCGCCGGGAGACACAGCUGCAGCUUUGGGCGGGUCACCUCUUUGCUGCUUCUCCGGGCACCGUGCAGAUCUACCCCUGCCAUGAUGGAGGCCGAGAGCCUAGUGCAAGUCUGACCGUCACCCGCUGUCACCGGGCUGUGCCCGCACCCCUCCAUGGGAUGAUGCGACAGGGGAGACCCCGGGAUCCCGCUCCCACUGGCCGAGGUAUGAGACGCUGCUCCCGGCAAGAUGGCUAGCGGCGGCUCCGGUUCCGCCCGGUCCUCACUGCCCUCUGGAGUGGGCCUGGGCGGCCCCCAGCCCCGUAAGAAGCUGCUGACUAUCUGUGACCAGUGCAAGGCGAAGAUGCAGCUGGUGGCUGACCUGCUCCUGCUCUCCAGCGAGCCCCGGCCCGUCAGCCCGGAGAGCUCUGCCCAGCUGGGGGAAGCCUUUGAGAAGUGCCGGGACACCGUGAUUGCCCGGACCAAGGGCCUGUCCAUCCUCACCCAUGAUGUCCAGAGCCAGCUCAACAUGGGCCGAUUUGCAGAGGUGGGUGACAGCCUGCAAGAGAUGGGCGACUUGGUGGUGUCCCUCAUUGAGCUCUCUGCCCAUGCUGCUUACCUGGCAGCGGUGGAGGUGCCUGGUUCCCAGGCAGCCCUUCCGGGUCUGGUGGACCGCUAUAAGGUUACGCGGUGUCGACAUGAGGUGGAGCAGAGCUGUGCCACCCUCAGGACGGUGCCCCUACAAGACCUCACGCCGCAGCUCCUACUGGAAGUCUCCCAGAAUUUGUCCAGGAACCUAAAGAUUCUCACAGAUGUCAGCGUGGUCGCCAGCGAGAGGUCCAGAGAUAAAUUCGCCAAGGAACAGUUUAAGUUGGGGGUGAAGUGUAUGAGUACCAGUGCCACUGCGUUACUUGCCUGUGUCAAAGAAGUAAAGACUUCCCCUAGUGAACUCUCUAGAAAUCGAUGUGCCCUCUUCAGUGGUUCCCUAGUGCAAGCCGUGCACGCCUUGGUGGGUUUUGCCACAGAGCCACAGUUCCUGGGCAAAGCUGCCGUCUUAAAUCCAGAUGGUAAGGCGGUGCAGACGGCCAUUCUUGGGGGUGCUAUGAGUGUGGUAUCUGCUUGUGUGCUCCUGACCCAAUGCCUCAGGGAUAUAACCCAGCAUUCUGACAGCAGCAGCAAGAUGACUGACUACAAGGAGCGAUUGCGGAGCUCGGCUUGUGCUGUCUCCGAAGGGUGCAACUUGUUGUCUCAGGCCUUGAGAGAGAGGUCAUCUCCUAGAACUCUUCCGCCAGUAAACUCCAAUUCUGUGAAAUCACCCUAGAUGGAAAACACGUCCUCCUUUAAUGUUACCAAAGAAUACUGGUCCAGCUGAAACAAUUCUCUUCAGAACUAGAGAUGGCCCUGCUUUAUAUGAAGCCAUAUUCAGGCUUUCUCGGAACUGGAAGUGCUAGCUAUUGAAAAUUUCAUUUCAACUAGGUAGAUGUUGCAAGAUGUUAUAUUUUAUAGUGUUCAAAAUUGAAGGUAAUAUGAAUUCACUAGUGCCUACAUUGCAAUGAUGGUGGUGGGUUAGCUUUUGUAUUGUAAGGCUCUGAUGCAUAUAAUUCUACCCACAUAAAUGUCGCAGAGUAGGUUCAUUUACUGCCCAGAUCCCAAGUUAAUAUUUUAAGGAUAGGUGAACAAAUUCAAUUGCUUUUUUUUUUUUUUCAUUUUAAUAUAUGUUGGUUACAUUACGACAUUUUAUUCCUUUUUGUAUUUCUAUUCUGUUUGGGUAAUUCUUGAGGAAAAGGAAAAAAAAAAACUAGGCCUGUUAUAGCAUUACUCCUAGUCAUUCAUAUAUAAUUGGGACAAUGAAUCAUUUGGAACAUUACUUAGUGUGUGUAGUUAAACAAAUCAGUGCGGGCAAAUUUGUAACUCCUUGGGUUGUUUCUAUGAGAUGAUUCUCCUUGGAGUCCAGAACCUAAAAAACGACCAAUCUCUGUAUUUUAUUAUUGAGAGUAUCAUGUGAGGUUUCACUUUCAGUUGCUUGUAAUUUUGGACUAGGAAGCCGUAAUCAUUACCUGUGUUUUUUUUUUUUUUUUUCCGUAUUUGACACUCCAACUUUUUCAUCAAGUGAAUUUAACAUAGUUGACGUUACCUUGCACUAUUAGAAUAUUUAAACAUCACAGAUAUGCAGCUGUAAACUUGUCAUUGAUCACUCUGUGAAGUUUCAAAGUAUGGAUACUUCUUGACAUUUUCCUUUUCAAUAUUAAGCCUCUACCCCUUUUAGUACCUGUAUUGGCACUAAAGUGGCAUUAUCAAGGCUUUAAAAUCCGUGCUGGGUGCGGUUUUUAGCCAGUGUCUUCCAGACUUCCCAUCAGAAUGUUGCUGUGUGUGAUCUGCAGGAAUAAAAAGGUUACCUCAGUUUUAUUUUUAGACAUUUCUAUGGCUUUUGGCUGCUGGAUGUAGCUCCCUUUUUAAAAUCCUGCAGCAGUGUGUGAAUGGGGGGUGUGUAGGGGGCCCGUGGAGUGAGACAAAAUCGAUUUUUAUUUCCCGUGUGCUGACUUACUGUUGGGAGGGUGGGGUACAGUGAGAGUGUUUCCUAAUUGUACACUAUAAUAAAAUGAUUGUCAUUUUAAAUGUCGAUUUUUACCUUGCAUGUACUGGAGUAUUUAUUUCACCUAAUUAAAAGGUAGUGUUUUCUGUCA